UUCACAAAUUGAUUUCUCUCUUUCUCAUUCUUACUAACAUCGAAAGCAUACGUUCCAAUUUCAUUUCUUUGUGUUUAGUUUAUACAUAAUCAAUCUGUUUCUCUCUUCUCUGCCUGUUUGUUUAUACGUUAACAGAUCUAACAUCGACUAUCUGCUUCGAGUUUUCUUUUCUUUGUAUUCUUUUCUCUUCUUUGUUUAUUUUGCAGGCUCUUUCUUUCCAAAUGGAUUCAGGCAGAGUUAUCAAUUCACAAUUUCUUCAGAGAAAAAAUGAAAGAGAAAACUUGGACAGGUUCAUACCGAAUCGAUCGGCCACAGACUUCGACUAUGCGCAUUCUAUGCUCACAGGUAUGAAUAAAGCUGGUAAGGUUAAUCAGGCAGACAACUCCCCCGCUAAAGAAGCAUACAGAAAGGUAUUGGCGGAGGCAUUCAACAUCAACAGAACCCGCAUACUUGCAUUCAAGAACAAGCCUCCCACUCCCAUUGAGGCCAUUCCUUCGCACUUGACUUCCUUUUCUUCUUCAUCUCUUAACAAUACUUCUAAAUCUUCAAAGCCUCGCCGUCACUUUCCUCAGACAUCUGAAAGAACACUUGAUGCUCCAGACAUGGUUGAUGAUUUCUAUCUGAAUUUGCUGGACUGGGGCAGCGCCAAUGUUCUUGCCAUUGCCCUUGGUUCCACAGUCUAUCUCUGGGAUGCAACCGACGGAUCAACCUCUGAGCUAGUCACGGUUGAUGAUGAAUGUGGCCCUGUGACCAGCGUCAAGUGGGCUCCUGAUGGUCGCCAUAUUGCUCUGGGCUUGAACGAUUCCCAUGUCCAGCUUUGGGAUUCCACUUCAAACAGACAGUUAAGGACCUUAAGCGGAGGACACAGCUCCCGAGUUGGUUCUCUUGACUGGAACAAUCACAUACUAACCACUGGGGGUAUGGAUGGAAAAAUCAUAAACAACGACGUAAGAAUAAGGCAGCAUAUUGUGGAGGAAUUCAUAGGACACACCCAAGAAGUUUGCGGGCUCAAGUGGUCUGCCUCCGGGCAGCAGUUGGCAAGCGGUGGAAACGAUAAUCUGAUUCACAUCUGGGAUAGAUCCACGGCUUCUUCCAGUUCCCCUACCCAGUGGCUUCACAGACUUGAAGACCACACUGCUGCUGUAAAGGCGCUUGCUUGGUGCCCUUUUCAGAGCAACUUGUUAGCUUCAGGUGGUGGUGGGGGAGAUGGGUGCAUCAAAUUCUGGAAUACACACACCGGGGCUCAGUUGAACUCCUAUAACACUGGUUCGCAAGUUUGUGGUCUUGUUUGGAACAAGAAUGAACGGGAGUUGUUGAGCUCACAUGGGUUUAGCCAGAAUCAAUUGACAUUGUGGAAGUAUCCAUCGAUGGUGAAGGUUGCAGAACUGAAUGGCCAUACUUCAAGAGUCCUUUUCAUGACUCAAAGCCCAGAUGGAAACACAAUUGCAACUGCUGCUGGAGAUGAAACAUUGAGAUUCUGGAAGGCAUUUGGGACACCUUCUGCUUCUGAAGUUGCAUCAAAAUCAUUGGCAGCAAAGGCUAACCCUGAGCCAUUUGCAGGCUCAAACAGAAUUCGUUGAUGAGAAAUAAGAGAAUAUACAUGAAUUGUUGAAGCUACAAUUAAAUAUCAUUGACAUGGAUGAUGAUGAGAUGGAGCAGCAGCUGAGACACUACUACUGCUGCCAAAUGUUGAUCAUGUCUUCUUCUGCUUCUCUAGGCCUAAACUAAUGGAUAUGAUAUUUCAACAAUGGUGGAUCAAGAUAAGAACAGUUGCUGCUGCCCAACAGAGAAAAGGGUCAAUUGAAAUUCUUCAGUUUGAUUGAACAAACUUAUGCAUGCUUUGUAAAAGUUGCAAUGUUACUAAUAAAUAAAUAAAUAAAUAAAGACAUGUUUUUUCUUAUAUAUAUUAAUAAAAUCGUUUUUUCUUA